AUGCAAGAAGACAUCGAAAAGUCAAGGGCACGUUUCCCUCGAUACAGGUUGUGCAAGUGCUGCUGUGGUCCUUCCGAUAUAGAUCACGACACAUCCGAUGCCUUCCAGUCGGAUGACAACUUUGAGGAGGCAGCUCACGUUGACGUGGCAGACAAGCCAGGAGCAUCUCCCUCAGAGGAUCUCUGGUUGCAGAGAUGGGGCAGCCUGGAGCCGCCGGGAUCCAUCUCUGGGUCCGUCAGUGCCAACGACUUCCAGGAUGGGGAAGGUUCAGAUGCCGAGCCAGAGCAUCAUCAGUUUCAGGUUGAAACACUCUGGCGCCCAGAGUGGUGUAGCCAAUGCGAUGCAUUCUUGGCUGGUCUAUGGGAUCAAGGACUUCGCUGCUCGUUCUGCGGGAAGCUUGUAUGUCAUGCCUGCUCUGAAGUGGUAGCGCUCUGCGUGGAACGUAAGAUGAGGAUAGCCGCCAACAAUGAGGCAAAGCUGAGAUCCAGGAUUCACGAACUGGAAGCCUUGCUCGCUUCAAGAGGUGGGAUAGGCAUGGCGGUUUCAACGCGGGUUCGCAGCCGCGAAGCUAGCCCCCGCGGAGAGACGCAGGAGCCUUGGACCUCGCUAAGUUCAAUCAAGCAUUUGCACGGGCUGCACGGAAACUAUCUGGCAAACGCCUUGCAGGUUCCCGAUGUUCAGGUGCGGGCAGCAUUGCUGCGGCCAUCCUUUUUAGAAGGCGUUUUUCGAGCAGACGUGGGUGCCUUUGACAUGAUCGGGUCCAAAUGGGACAAAGCAUCCCAUCAGCCGCACACGUCAAUUCGUGGCUUCAAGUACAAGGUGCCAGUUCCUGAUGACAUUCCUUCAGCAGUUCGGGCAGUUCUGACGCUGCCUGACUAUGCAACCUGCAAAGCAUUCUGCCGCCUCCGAGCCAACGAUCGCGAGGUUGUCAUGACUCUCCAGUUCAUUUCAGAGGGAGUGCCUUUCGCUGACAACGUGCGCCUGCAGGUGACCGAUGCAAUUGUGCCUGCACAGGGCCAAGGGACGGUAUUGAGAAGAUGGGCCGUGGUUUUGUGGAUCAAGGAGUUUCCAUUUACGCUUCGUUUCUUGAAGAGCAUCGUAGUGUCACAGGUCAUGGACCGGUCUCGAAAGACUGCGCAGAUUCUGAUGGACCAGCUCCUCAUGGCACGAAUGCCGAGCGGCUCAUAG